AUGAAAAAUAUAAAAAAAAAAUGGUAUGGGGUGUUUGGGGUAGUGUUGGUUUUGAGUUUGUGCUUUGGGGUUAGAGGAGCACCUCAAGUUCCUUGUUACUUUAUUUUUGGGGAUUCCUUGGUGGAUAAUGGGAAUAAUAAUCAACUGUCAUCAUUGGCAAGGGCUAAUUAUUUGCCUUAUGGCAUCGACUUCCCUAAUGGACCAACUGGAAGGUUUUCCAAUGGUAAAACUACGGUCGAUGUCAUAGCUGAACUUUUGGGGUUUGACAAUUACAUUCCUCCAUACUCAACCGCAAGAGGUAGACAAAUACUCGGAGGAGUUAACUAUGCAUCCGCGGCUGCCGGAAUCAGAGAAGAGACCGGCCGACAACUGGGAGCUCGGAUCAGUUUUAGCGGGCAAGUUAGAAAUUACCAACGCACAGUUUCACAAGUGGUCAACUUGCUAGGUGAUGAAGACACAGCAGCAAAUUAUUUGAGCAAGUGUGUUUACUCAAUCGGAAUGGGCAGCAACGACUACCUGAACAACUAUUUCAUGCCUCUUUAUUACUCAACCAGCAGGCAAUACAGCCCCGAGCAAUAUGCUAAUGUUCUUAUUCAACAAUACACUCAGCAGCUUCAGACUUUGUACAAUUAUGGAGCAAGGAAGUUUGUGCUGAUCGGCUUGGGUCAGAUUGGGUGCAGCCCAAAUGAAUUGGCUCAAAAUAGCAGAGAUGGUAGAACUUGUGUGGAGAGAAUCAAUGCUGCCAAACGGAUUUUUAAUAACAAGCUUAGAGGUCUUGUUGAUCAAUUCAACAAUGCUAAUUCUGACGCAAAAUUCAUCUACAUUAAUGCUUACGGAAUUUUCCAAGACAUAACAAGCAAUCCUGCAGCUUACGGUUUUAAGGUAACAAAUGCAGGGUGUUGUGGGGUGGGGAGGAACAAUGGGCAAAUUACCUGCUUGCCAUUCCAAACUCCUUGCCAAAAUAGGGAUGAGUAUUUGUUUUGGGAUGCUUUUCAUCCAAGUGAGGCUGCUAAUGUGAUCAUUGGAAGAAGAUCAUACAGUGCUCAGUCUUCCUCCGAUGCUUACCCGAUUGAUAUCCGCCGUCUUGCACAGCUCUGAAGAUGGAGAUGAG